GCCCACCCCUCGUGUGAAGGCAGCAGCGUGAAGCUGAGAGCUCAUCCUCUGCCGGAGACACUCAAACCCUCUCAAACCCUCUCAAACAGGACCCACUAAACCCGGACCCGCUGCGCUUUUACGCACGACUCCUCCGGAGACUCCGCUUCCCUCCACCGCUCCUCCGAUGCUUCCUAACCCACUUCCAGGCGUGGAAAUGCUCCUUCCAGGUCCCUGAGGGACCCAAGUCUGGUUUAAUAUGAACUUUCUGCCGACUGGAAUAUGUUUGUAUUUAUUAUCUGUCGCGGUGUGCUGGAUGACGGCCAAGGUCGACGCGUCCUGGUGGUACAUGGGCACCCUGGGCUCCCAGGUGAUGUGCGACAACAUCCCCGGCCUGGUGAACAAGCAGCGCCAGCUGUGCCGCCAGCACCCCAAGGUGAUGCAGGCCAUCGGCGCCGGCAUGAGUGACUGGAUCUCCGAGUGCCAGCACCAGUUCCGCAACCACCGCUGGAACUGCAACACCACGGGCCGCGACCACAACCUGUUCGGACGCCUGCUGCUCCGAGGGAGCCGCGAGGUGGCGUUCGUCUACGCCAUCUCCUCAGCCGGCGUGGUGCACACGCUGGCCCGCGCCUGCAGCCAGGGCGAGCUGGACUCCUGCUCCUGCGACCCCACCAAGAAGGGCUCGUCGUGGGACCAGAAGGGCUCCUUCGACUGGGGCGGCUGCAGCGACCACGUGGAGCACGCCAUCCGCUUCAGCCAGGGCUUCGUGGACGCCAAGGAGCGGCAGGAGCGGGACGCCCGCGCGCUCAUGAACCUGCAGAACAACCGGGCCGGCAGGAAGGCGGUGAAGCGCUUCAUGACCCUGGAGUGUAAAUGCCACGGCGUCAGCGGCUCCUGCAGCGUCCGGACCUGCUGGCUGGCCAUGGCCGACUUCCGCCGCACCGGCGAUCACCUGCGGCGGCGCUACAACGGCGCCGUGCAGGUGGCGGUGAACCAGUACGGCACCGGCUUCACCGGAGCCCAGGCGCGCUUCAAACGGCCCAGCAAGAACGAGCUGGUGUACCUGGAGGACUCGCCGGACUACUGCGUCCGGGACCCGCAGACAGGCUCGAUGGGGACGGUGGGCCGGCUCUGCAACCGGACGUCCCGCAGCACCGACAGCUGCGAGGUGAUGUGCUGCGGCCGCGGCUACGACACGGCGCGCGUCAGCCGCACCACCAAGUGCGAGUGCAAGUUCCACUGGUGCUGCGCCGUGCGCUGCCGCGACUGCCACCAGGAGGUGGACGUGCACAGCUGCAAGGCCCAGACGUGACCCGCCGGCGCCGAGCUACCGACCCCUGCGCCGCCCCGCCGCUCCCCAGCUACAGACCUGCAGCAGUCCACACGGACGCCGUGGAACCGCGUUCGAGUGCUGCGGGUCGACUCGUAGGUAGGUUCCCCGGCACCGGCACGCCGCCGCCGCGCCGCUUCAGCUUAGAGGAAUAUAUCCCGGAAGAGCUUCCACACCGUCAAGCACUAAAAACAUCUUUGAUUGAUUUCAUAACGAGCUGCUCUGAACGUCCUGAAACCUGCGUGUUGGGAGGUUUUCCUGAGAAACUGGACUGACGCCUCCGGAGCCUAAACGGACUCGUCCUCCUCGCUGGAGGAGGCUCAGCCGCUAACGGCGGCCAGCCAGCGCUCCUGAAGGACCGUCGGAUCUACGGAGACGUUGUGAAGAGCAAGGAAAAGAUGUCUUACUCACAUAUUUGUCAACACUUUAUCACUAAAU